GCGGUCUGCCCAUGGAGGAAGCGGAAAGGAGCCGCGACUCUUCCCGCUGCCUUCCCCCCUGUAGGCAGCCUGAGACGGAGCGGAUAUCCACCGUAGAUCGCCUCGUCUUGACAUUUGCUCCAGAGCUCCACUACUAACUGCAGAUUUGCCUCAAAUGACACGUUAUUCCUGAUCUGCACCAGUCAGUGUUUAUGACCGUCCCCACGGAUCAAACUGAAGAUCUGAUGAGUUGACGUGAAUUCAGCGCCAUGGAUCGGGCGGAGGAAAAGAAGAAAAAAAGAAGGAGAAAGUUGAAGAGCGCUUCAAUUGGAAAAAUACAUAGAAGUGACGUGAGAACAGGGCUCCCAGAUGUGGAGAGUGAGAAGAAGAGCCUCAGUUUCUUUCAGCGGAAAGUCCCAACUUAUAAAAUAAGGGCGGGAUUUGCUGGAGUCCAUAAGUCGAGAGGGAAACUGAGGAAGUAUUCUUGCAGUCUCACCUUCGACUCGAACACGGUUCACAGAAACCUGGAGCUGUCUGAUAACGGCAGGAAGGUGACCUGGGUGAGCACGGCUCAGUCAUACCCGGAUCACCCAGACAGGUUUGACGGCUGGUGGCCCCAGCUGCUGUGCAGUGAUGGUCUGACUGGUCGCUGCUACUGGGAGGUGGAGUGGAGCGGAGUGGUGUACAUUUCAGUGAGCUACAGAGGGAUCAGCAGGGGAGGAUACAGUAUGUUUGGCUGGAAUGACCAGUCCUGGAGUCUGAAAUGCUGCGAUCUUGAUGAUGGUUACUCUGUCUGGCACAAAAACAAAGGAAAACUUGCUGCCUCAUCUCACAUUGACCCCUCCUCCUCUGACUACGAAUCCUCUGACCCCGCCUCCUCUGACUCCGCCUCUUCUGACUCCGCCUCUUCCGACUCCGCUUCCUCUGACUAUGAAUCCUCUGCCUCCACCUCCUCUGACUCCUCCUUUGCUGACUCCGCCUCCUCUGGCUCGUGCAACAGAGUAGCAGUGUAUGUGGACUGUCCUGCUGGCAUCCUGUCCUUCUACAGAAUCUCCUCUGGCUCCCUGGUCCAUCUCCACACUUUCAGAACCACUUUCUCUGAACCCAUCUAUCCCGGCUUUGGGUUCUGGUGUCCUGGAUCCUCAGUGUCUUUCUGUCAAGAUUUAAAACCAAAGCUUCUGGCUAGGCAGAUGGGAUCUCCAAGCACAUCAUCCCAACCUGAUUGGUCCGAUGAUCACUCAAAGUUGGUCAAGGCUCUGUCAAGCUUCAGACCCCAAGUGGAAACUCACAAUUUGCAUGUUUCAUACAGGUUCCGGUGUCCAGGUCCAGGUGUGUUCGAGUGCUCUUUGACCGGUCUGGUGUUCGUUGUGACCCAGCCGGCCAAACUGUGUUACAGGAUCAUCCAAUGGGACGAGAGCAUCCUUCAGCCAGCUGGGAAGACCCCUGCUGGGCCCCUGUACAGCAUCAGCUGUUCUCCUAACUCAGUGUGUGGGCUCCACCUUCCACACUGCCAAGACACAGACAAACACUCACAAGAUGACGUCCAAUCAAGUGUCACAGUCCAGUCACAGGAUGGAAGUAGUCAACCAAAAAACAGACCAGUGAAAAGUCUGAAGGUAGAUGUUCUUAUUCCAGCAAAAUAUGUGGAAAUUCACUGUUUUAAUCCCAAACAGAGUCCUAACCUCCAUGUUGACCUGCUGAACAUCCUGGAUGAGCUGAAUGUGGAAGAGUUCAGCAGGUUUAAGUGGUUCCUGAGGAACGGACCGCAGAGCCGUAGCUUCAGAGUGAGAGAGUCUGCAGAGAGAGAGGAGGUGGUGGACCGGCUGCUGCAUCGAUACAGCCCUGAAGAAGUUCUUCAAGCUGUGAAGACGACAUUAAAGAGUAUUGGCAGGAAUGAUCUGGUGGAGCGAUUAUAAUUUUUUUUUAAAAGAACUCCAGUUACUUUUUUCCACAGAGUCAUCUUAGUGACUGUUUGUUUCAGCCAUUUUGAUGGUUUCUAGUUGGCAGGAUGUGAGUUUAUAUUUUAAAUGUCUUUGAAAUUUUGAGAUUAAUUGUAGAAAUUUUCCAGAAAAAAACUUGAAAACACUCAACACUUGCCAGUCAGAAAUGUCCAUGUUUUCUGUUAGAAAUUUUCUGAGGUUAAUCUCAAAGUUUCUGAGUUUUUUCUUACAAAUUUUGGACGUUUUGAAAUCAGGAAUUUUCACGUUUUCUCUGGAACCAAUGGCAAAAGGUCAUCUUUUUAGCCUGGAAAAUGAUUUCACACAAAUUUAAUUUCAUUCUGUUUUUAUAUCAAUACAUAAUUUUUUGUGUACUUCUAAUUGUCAUGAAGUAGAAAAUAUUUUUUUUCAUUCUCAGAAUCAUUUUAUAUUUCACUUUCAGCUAAUUUUUAAAUACCGAGAGCACCUUUUGUCUCCAAUUCAACCCUAUUAAAGUUGAAAACAACUGCCCCCUUGUGGUAAUAAGAUGAAGUAAAGUAUUAAAAAAAAUAACGAAAACUAUCUAUUUUCGAUGACACUUUAAACAAUCUUGAUAUAAAAUAAAUCUAUGUAUAAAUCUA